AUGUGCAUGAUGUGUCUGCUUUUUUUUAGCCAAUCCCAGCUUGUAGGCACUCUGUCGGCCGAUGUCGGCACCGUCAUGGUAUGGAGCAACACAGGCUAUCCUAUCACCACCAAGCCAUCGCCCAGGUACAUGGAGAGCCACUUCGAGCGCGUACUGGCUGCGGAAGCCGCGCCUAAGCGCGCGGCCGCGUCGCCACCGUCCGCCCCGGCUGCAAAGCGCUCUCGUCCGAGCGCCGCCGCCUCCUCCGCCGAAAUCUCCGCGCUCGUGGACGGCGCCGAGGCGCAGGAGGGCGACGCGCUGGACGCCCGCGCGCUCAAGUCCAUGGCCAACUCGCUGCAGAAGCGCGUGCGACGCAACGCACUGGCGCGCGAGAAGCAUGCGGACGAGCCGCAGAAGUUCCUCGAGUCGGAGCUGGCCCUGGACGCGGAGAUCGCGCGCUGGAAGCAGCUGGCCGCCAAGCCCGAGCUCUUCGCCGCCAUGACGGAGCUGCAGGUGCCGCGCGCGCUACUCGGACUGCUGGGCCACGCCAACCUGGACAUCCGCCUGGCGGUGCUGAGCCUCUUGGCCGAGCUCACGGACGUGGACGACGCCGCGGAGUCGCUGGAGCCGGCCGCGAGGCUGGCCACGCACCUGGUGGACGAGAAACUGCUGCCGCUGCUGGUGUCCAACCUCUACGAGCUGGCGGCGGCGGUGGACGGCAGUGAGAAGCAGCAGGCGGACGAGGAGGCGGCGGGGAUCUACCACUCGCUGCAGAUUCUGGAGAACCUGGCGGACCUGCAGCCGCCCGGGUGUGCUCAAGUGGCCGAGCACACAGCCAUCUUGCCCUUUUUGCUGCAGCAAGUGGCCCCGGCACGGGCGUUCAGUGAGAACAAGUUGUACGCGAGCGAGAUUUUGUCCAUUUUGCUGCAGGCCGGGAAGGAGCCGAGGGAGAAGUUCGUGUCAUGGAGGGGGCAGGAGCGGCCCAAGGAGGAGAACAGGAAGGAGAAGGAUGAGAAUCAGGACGCGAAGGUGGAUUUGAUGGAUGAUUUGUUACAGGCGUUGGCGCCGUACAGGAAGAAAGACCCUGCCACCGAGGAAGAAGAGGAGCUAGUGGGCAACUUGGUCAACGCGCUGUGCAGCGUCUUGCUUGUGCCCGAAGCGCAGAAGCAAUUUCGUCGAUUGGAAGGACUGGAGCUGCUGCUGCGCUUUACGAAGGACCGUCAACGAUUCGUGUUCAGUGGAGCAUUACGUGUUAUGGAUCAUGCCCUUAUGGGCAAUGCCCGCAAUUGCGAGCGGUUGAUUGAGAUCGGAGGCCUGCGGAGCGUGUUCUCCGUUUUUAUGGGUCGCCAUGGCAAGUACAAGUCAGCUGGCGCUACGAAGGCGAGCAAGUCUAGCGACCGCGCGAAGGAAGAAGAGAACGCAGUCAGUUUGGUGACGUCUUUGUGCUCGUGGGUGGGUGAAAAGGCUCCGGCUGAUUGCUAUGACCGUCUGCACGCCAAGUUUGUGGAGAACGAUAUGGAAAAGGUCGAUAGGUUAGUGGAUCUGUUUGCGAAGUAUCACGAGCGAGUUGGCCGCAGCAACGAGGAGGACGACGAAGAUGAAGACGAAGAUAGCAAGUAUUUGCGCCGGCUUGAUGCCGGUUUGUUCGUACUGGAGAGAAUCGCGUUUGUGGUUGCGCACCUGUGCCGCUUUUCGAAGAAGUUGAAGGCCUACGUGAUGAUUAAGUUCCACGAGCGCAGUAUCGAAAGCGACAGCCUGACUAUCAUCUUGCGCGAGCAACUACACGUGCUUGAGGCAGAAGAGAAGGACGGUGAUGAGGCCAAAGGGGAGAACGUGGAUGAAGGGAGACAGGCCCAGAAGGCACAGCUUCGCGCACUCCUUGAAACACUUCAAGCUGAGGCUGCUCCUCGUGAAGAUGGGCAAGCAGCUAGCUCGGACAACGAUAAGCCGAAGAUGGAGAAUGGGUAUAAGGAGGAAUGA